UUCAUCCCACUCAAACUCAACCAAACAAAUACAAUCCCACUUCACUUACAAAGUGUAGAUCAUUCUGCUAUCUCUUCCUGCAAUUAUAAUUUUGUCUUUGCAGAAACAGAAGCUAGAUUAUCAGGAAGAAUGGGGAAAGGAGGCCGGAUGCCCGUGGCGGUUGAGGAGAGAAAGGCCGAACAAAAUGAAAAUGCGGUUCACAGAGUUCCUCAUCAAAAACCACCUUUCACAAUCGCAGAUAUUAAGAAAGCCAUUCCGCCACACUGUUUUCAGAGGUCCUUGAUUCGCUCUUCCUCUUACCUUGUUUUCGACUUGAUCGUCUGUUUCCUUUUGUACUACGCAGCCACGAGCUAUAUUCCUCUGCUUCCCAAGCCUCUCAGCUACUUGGCAUGGACGGCUUACGUCUAUGUCCAAGGCUGUUUCAUGUUCGCGGUGUGGGUGGUGGCGCAUGAAUGCGGCCAUCAUGGCUUUAGUGAGUAUCACUGGCUUAAUGACACUGUUGGCUAUGUUCUUCAUUCUCUUCUCCUCGUCCCUUACUUUUCGUGGAAAAUCAGCCACCGCAGGCAUCAUGCCAAUACCAAUUCUCUCGACCGUGAUGAAAAUCAUGUUCCUCGAUUUAAGCACACCAUUCGCUCUUACUAUCAUUACUUCAACAACCCUGUUGGUCGCGUUUUCAUCAUCGCGUUCACUCUCACCCUGGGAUGGCCUUUGUAUUUGAUUGUCAACAUUGCCGGACGAUCCUACGAUCGUGUCGCAAGUCAUUUUGAUCCAUACAGUCCCAUCUACUCAGAACGCGAACGUCUUCAGAUUCUGCUUUCGGAUAUCGGUUUUCUUGCUGGAUUCUAUCUGGUAUAUCGCGUUGCCCUGGUCAAAGGAUUUACGUGGGUGAUGCUAGUGUACGGAGCUCCCUUACACGUGGUGAAUGGAUUCCUGGUGAUGAUUACUCUGUUGCAUCACACUCAUCUCUCGCUGCCUCACUACGAUUCGUCGGAAUGGGAUUGGCUGAGGGGAGCUCUAGCCACAGUGGACAGAGAUUACGGAAUUCUAAACAAAGUGUUUCAUCACAUUUCAGACACGCAUGUGCUCCACCAUUUGAUCUCCAGCAUUCCGCAUUACCAUGCUGAGGAGGCGACCGAAGCCAUCAAGCCGGUGUUGGGAGAUUACUACCAUUAUGACGGGACUCCAUUUUACAAGGCAAUGUGGAGAGAAGCCAAAGAAUGUUUAUAUGUUGAAGCUGAGGAUGGAGACAAGGCUAAAGGUGUCUACUGGUACAAAAACAAGCUUUAAGUUAAUUAGUUCAAGAUAACAAACUCGAUUAAGUUAUAAGUAUCAGAAGAGCGAUGCUCCAAGUUUUUAAUAAGAGUAAUGUAUUAUAUGUCAUCUUCCAUGCCUUUAUUCAAUCUAUCCACGGAUUCUUAGUCAUCAGUUUUUUAUUCA